CAAAGCGAAGAGCUCCAAAGCCUAUGACGCCCGCUCAAAUGAAAAUGGCUGCUCGCAAUCCCCUCUACCAUCUCGCAGCACCACAACAAGAAAUGCUCACAAAGGAACAAGUACACGACGAUAUCUUCGAAGCGUUAUUGGUAGAAGAUGACGACCGUUUAGAAGAGGCUUCGAAAGGUGCGACGACUGUCGUAGAACACGCAAAGCAGUUUAUGGAGCAAAAGGGCGAACGGCUAGGGCCAGACUCUCUCUAUGACACAACUUUCAUGGAGACAGUGAAUAGACG